GAAAUGGGCUUUUAUCUGCCAGUGGACACUUGAGGCUACGCCCAGACAAGGCUGCAAGUUAUGGCCGGUUAAACAAAUGUAUAUGUGUGAAACUUUAUUUUAGUUUUCUUCCCUCGAAUAGCAAUGAAAGUUGUUUUUCAAACAAGUUCACCUGGACCAUUUCAAAGGACAGUGCAGGGUGGAGGUAAUGAACAUGUGUAACAAGGACUGCUAAGCAAGCGCAUGAGGAAGUGUCAAGUAUUCGCUGACACAAUCCUCUCUGGGAAGAAACCAUUUCAGAUACGACGCAAGUAAUCAGUGUUCUUCAUGCUUGACGAGUGGCUUUUGAAGCAUUAUUGCAACCUAGAACCUGCUCAUCUUGUUCUGACUGACACUUCAAAUAUUCACUUCUCUUAGCUAGGUAAGGAAACAAACGGAAGAAAACAAACAAACCAAUCUUUGAAAUAACCUUCUAUAAGGAACAGGAAAAACUUUCUAUGGAGGAAAAAUCAUUGGACGGUGUGGCCACUAAACCUCGAAAUGGAAAAAACACAAAACCUUCAACUGUUGUUGUGCGAGAGUUUGAGCCGGAGGACCAAGUGCAUGUACAACGGAUCUUUUCUGAAGGAAUGAAGGAGAUGAUAUUUGACACGGCCGUCAGAGGCUUGAGACAUCAUCCUGAGAGCCUCCUGCUCUAUUUGACAAUGGCGGGUACAGAUUUAGUUUCAUAUAUUUGUCUCACAUACAAUCCAACUUUGAAAGUGUUUGUUGUCAACAAGGGAAGGUUGUGUUAAAAAUAUAUAUUUCCUUUUGUGAUUAAACAUUGUUCUUCCUUGCCAUUCAUAUUCAUCAUGCCUCGUGGUGGUCUAAAGCAGGGUACACACAUAACAACAACCAGGCGAUAUUUGAACGUUUUCCCCCUAAUACCCAAGACCCCAUCGCAGAUAUCACUGAAAUAUUGUCCUGAGGAAUUAUGUGUAAAAAGUUGUUUUUUUUCAUCUCCAAUCUACUCGGACACCAUGACAAUCGUGAAUGUCAAUCCUGUUUAACAUUUACGAUCGUACAUCUUUUUGUAUGUGAUCAACAGUGAGUUUGGCUGAGCCACGGGAAACAAAUAAAAUGAUUAAAACAAUUAUCAAAUGAUUAAAUAUAAAACUCACCAUUAUGCUAUUACGAUGAAUGUAGUUGAUAAAAUUAGUGGGAGCCCAGCGUUUGUUUCUCUUCAGUGAGCCUGUCCCAUCUAGUGGUUGUCUAUUUUUCUUUUAAAAAUAACUCCGAUGGCUUGUCUUUUAAUGUUGACUGGGGCCAUGCUGAAAGCAGAAUUUCUCCUUGUAGUUGCCGGUGAGCACCAUUUAAAAAAAAAAAAAAAAAAAAAAAACCUCUCAAAAACGUCUGCUAGUGACAAUAUUCUACACCAAUCAAUAUGAUGGCUAAAACGCUGUAAUAGCCAACUCACAGCUCAAUAAAAACAUAUUUUGUUCAGUUUCUCUGCGCGCCCACAGUGGUGGGCAACCCCUGCUCUCGAUUAUUGAAAUCAAUUGGCUUGUUACUUUAAUAAGCACUUGUAAGGCACAGGGGUGAUUGGUUUGGCUGGAGAGCUUAAGCCUACAAAUUAAUGUACUAUAGGUCAGGCACGUGGACACAAAGCCACUAGGGGGUCUCAAGAACCUGACCUUUUGCCCUGAACCAAAAAAAAAAUGCCUUUUUUGCUGCAGCACGUUUCUCUUCAUUCAUCAAUAUUAAAAAAUAACAAUUACCCUCUCUGUCAUCAGUUUUAGUGUUUUGAAAUCUAUCGGACAUUUAUUUUUUGUCCUUGGGAGAAUUGUAUGUAUGCUCCCACCUUGCGCUCAUCCCCCACUCCUCUUCAUUUCGACAGAGCUGUCAGUUUUGUGAUCACGAUGAGCUGGUGGGUGGUAGGACUCCUCCCUGCAGUUGUGCUGUGUGGACGUUACUUCUGCAGCAGGCGAGUGAUUCGUGGUUAUUUGGAGGAAGCCAUGAGCAAUGACAUGGGUCACCUUGAAGAGUUUUACAAGAAAUCACCAAAUUGCCGCCUUUGGGUUGCAGUGCGAGAAGGCCAAGUGGUAGGUGUUGUAGCGAUGAUUGGCUACAAGGCAGGAGGUUUUGCUGAGCUGAGGCGCAUGUCAGUUGACCGUAGGUGUCGGAGGUGUGGCGUGGGUAUGGCCCUUGGAUUUAAAGUUCUGGAGUUUGCCUUAACUCAGGGAUACGCCACUGUUGUCCUGGGAACCACAGCCUACUCACCCGCUGCGCACCAGCUCUACCAGCGACUGGGAUUCCAAUGUAGUGGGAUCACAAAUGGAUACAUGCCACAUGGUGCAACACAGUCUCUACUGGAUAGAAUAUUCUAUAGGGUCUGCCAUCAUCACUAUAGACUAGAAGUGAAAAACAUGCCUUUAAAUGGACACGAACCACUUUGGGAGACAUAACAGGUGCAAAACAACUACACAGUAAACGUUUGUCCUUAUCAUAACUGUAAAAUGAAUUUCCUGGAUUUAAAAAUAUAAUUUCACCUGACAAAUAAUGACACUAUCAUGUCUGAAAUCAGGACGGCAACGUUUAUCGUCGAUGGACUUGAUGUUGACUCAUUCUGUCCGUCGGAAUUUAGCAGGUAUUCCUCAAAUGUGGGACAUGCAACUCCGGGGAUGUGCGAGAUUAAAAGUAAUAAAAAUAUGAUCUCAGGGUAUAAUAAUUACACAUUUACACAGCUUUGACUAAAUUAUAUUUUUUCUUAAAAAUAAAAGGUUAAAAAAAUACGCAUUUCCGCUAUGAAUUUUGUUUUAAUAAAAUUAUCAAAAUGCGCUAUUGGUACUGCCAGUCUUGCAAGGUAAAAUCUUCAUUCUAGCUAUGCGUGUCAAGCUUGUGGUAGACCAACACUUUUUUUUUGUUUUUUUUGCAUGAUUAAAUAAUACCUUUUAAUUGCCUUUGUUUUAACAUUUUUGAAAGGUGUGUGAGAGAAAAUAAAUAAAAUCUGAAAAAUGGGAUCUUCAAACAUAUUCAGCCUUUUUUUUCCUUCUUGUUUUUACUGUAAUGCCCUAAAUAAAAUUCUGAGGUUUGGUCACGUGACGUAUGUAACCAUCGUGGGGGUAGUUGUGAUGUUAAUUUCGGUCAUGAACACAACAUUAACCAGAAUAGCGUGUUUUGAUUAGUGGUGGCACAUACAAUGUAUUCUUAUAUAAAAUAAAUAAAUAAAUAACUUUG